CGGGCUUUUUCUGUAACUCUUACAAAAACCAAAAAAGAAAGCAACAUAUCCCCGCCGCAAUCCCUUCCCUUUUUAUUAUAAGUAAACAAAGAACCAGACCAUGGCAAUAGAGUAGAGAAUUAAUGGCGGGUUAUUCUUUGUUUCCCGCUUCUUCCUCCUUUCAUUCUCUAUUUCUACCAUUUUCCAUCAUUAUUGCUUGUAAUUUUUCUUCAUUUCUCCUAAUUAAUUUAUCAUAGUAUAAACUGAGGAAAAAAAAAUCAGAUGAAAAUCACAACCCAUGUUUUCUUAAUAUAAAAGUCGAUUCUCUAUUUUCUUAUAAUUCAAAUAAUCAUAAAAAUUUAAAACCCUCUAAACCUGCCUACAAAGUAACAAAUUUUCAUAAACUCCUUUCACAUUUAAACUAUAUGAACUAUAUAAAUAAACUAAUAAUGUUAUUUAUAUAAAACCCAUUUGGGUUAUUUCUUAUUUCUUCUCCCAUUUUUUAGCACCAUUUUUAUUUCUAUUUUCAUUUUCUCCAUUAAUGGCAAAUACAAUACAAAGAACCCACAUUUAUGGUAAUCUUAAUGCUAUAAUUAUUGUUCUGUUUUGCUGGGUGUUAUGCAAAUCUUUGUCUUUUGGUUUUAAUCUUAGUCUUCCACAUGAACAUCCCUAUCCUGAACUUGUUGUGCAAGAAUUUCAUAGGAGAGUUAAUGUUUCUCUAUCAAGAAGGCAAACCCUAGAAACCACCCAAGUAAAGGACCAAUUUUCUUGUGCAAGUGGUAAUCCAAUAGAUGAUUGUUGGAAAUGUGACCCUAAUUGGGCUGCAAAUAGGCAACAUUUAGCUGAUUGUGCAAUUGGGUUUGGGUACCAAGCCCAAGGAGGCAAAGGUGGGCCCAUCUAUGUUGUCACCGACUCUUCUGACCCAAACCCACAUAGGCCCAAGCCCGGUACCUUACGUGACGCAUUGGCCCAACCCGGCCCGGUUUGGAUAAUCUUUGCUCAUGACAUGCUAAUCAAGCUUAAUAGUCCCUUAAUGGUGUCUAGCUAUAAGACAAUUGAUGGUAGAGGUGCACAUGUAGAGAUAACAGGAGGAGGGUGCAUUUCAAUUGAACAUGUUACAAAUGUUAUAAUUCAUAAUAUUAAAAUACAUCAUUGUUAUCCUUCUGAUAAUUCAGAUGGUGAUGGAUUACACAUUUUUUCAUCUAGCAAUAUUUGGGUAGAUCAUUGCACAUUGUCUAAUUGUGCUGAUGGGUUGAUUGAUGGUACGGUUGGAUCGACCGCAAUCACGAUUUCCAACAAUUAUUUUUCUCAUCAUGAUAAGGUGAUGUUGUUAGGGCAUAGUGAUGAUUAUGUUGCUGAUAGAGGAAUGCAAGUUACAAUUGCAUUUAAUAGAUUUGGUGAGGCCUUAAAUCAAAGGAUGCCUAGAUGUAGAUUUGGGUAUUUUCAUGUGGUGAAUAAUGACUAUACAAGUUGGGGUGAGUAUGCUGUUGGUGGAAGCUCUAAACCUACUAUCAAUAGUCAAGGCAAUAGGUACAUUGCACCAUCCAAUCCCAAUGCAAAAGAGGUAACAAGAAGAUUGGAUGCAGAAGGAGAAGAAUGGGAGAGGUGGAAUUGGAGAACAGAAGGAGAUUUAAUGGUGAAUGGAGCAUUCUUUGUACCAUCAGGUGAUGGUGUUAAUCCUCAAUAUUCUUUGGCUUCAAGUAUGAACCCUAAACCUGCUGUUUUCAUUGACCAACUUACUCUUAAUGCUGGCAUCUUGCUCCCUCGUCCUAAUGGAGGCAUUACAAGUCCAGGAUCUAGAGGCAGUGGCCUUAGCAGUGGCGGCGGACUUCCCGGUGGUAGCUCCACCGGAUCUGGUGGUUUCGUGGCGGGACCUGGAGGGAUGUACGGAACCGGUGGCGGUUACAAUAAUCCUCCCGGAGAAGGAGGCUAUUAUGGAGGAGGAGAAGAUGGAGGGUGGUUUUUUAGCAAUGCACCUCCUUCACCCUCUUGUAAAAUAUCUUUUUAUUUGUCUACUUUACUUGUUUUGACUAUUUGUUUACCCAUAAGUAACUAUUUUAUAUUAUAAUUAGGCUUAUAUUAGUGAAAAUAUAGUCAAAAUCAAAACUAUAGCUAGCUAUCCCUGAAAUGAAAGCCUUAAAGAAGUUCAAUAAAAAAAAAAUAAAAAUAUAAUGCAAAAGAUGAACACAAAUGUUUAUGAGGUAUUUUGGAUAUCUCCCCCUCAAAUGUAGUUUUAUUAGAUUGAAAUUCAACAAUUACAAUGUAAUAAACCUCCCUUAUCUUGAAAACAAUCUCUCAAGAUUACAAACA